AUGUCUGCCAGUUUCUCUAAGUCGUCUCCGACCACCCUUCCCCCCAAAGUGUCUAUUGUGUCACCGUGGCCCCUCAAUUACCUUCCUCAAGCAUUGCAACCAUAUGCAGAACUCAUGCGGCUUCACAGACCAUCUGGCAUCAUCCUUGUCUUUUGGCCUUACGCGUUCACGACGACUCUGGCUGCGUACACUGUCGCCCUCCCGAUUCAAGAAUAUUGGGCAAUACUUGGCAGGUUUCUCCUCGUCAGUGCUAUAGUUCGCGGGGCUGCAUGCACAAGCAACGACAUUCUUGAUCGGGACGUGGAUGCUGGUGUUGAGAGAACAAAAACCCGACCGUUGCCCAGUGGACGCGUCUCUGUCAUUUCAGCAUGUCUUUUCGUUCUUUUACAGGCUGCCGUUUCGUGGUAUUCGUUUUUGCCUCUGAAUCCUCUAGCAUCCAUUUUCUACCCCAUCAUGAAACGGGUAACAGACUUCCCUCAGGCUUACCUUGGCUUCUCGAUGGGUUUCGGAUCAUACGUAGCCUGGACUGCGAUUACUGGAACAUCGUCAAUGAAAGUUAUCGUUCCCAUGAUUUUCGCGUUCGUCUGCUGGACUUUGCACUUUGACACGAUCUACGCUUGUCAAGACAGAAAGGACGAUAUCAAGGUCGGUGUGAGAUCGGCAGCGGUACUUCUCGGGGACAGCGUCCUCUUGUUCACCUCCCUGUGUGCUUCCCUUCUCGUUGUGCUCCUCGCCUACGUCGGUAUCGUAAAUCAGCAAAGCAUCCGAUUCUUCGGCAUAUCGGUGGCAGGAUCCGCUCUACAUCUCAUUUGGCAGUACGCAACUCUCGACGUCCACGAUGGGAAGAGCUGCAUGUUGAACUUCACUCGCAACGGACAGAUGGGGUGGAUCAUCUGGGGAGGAAUGCUGCUCGACUACUUCGUCAAACUUGGGGUUAUUACCUUCUAA